AUGAGUUACGAAAUAUCAGAACAGGGAAUCUCGAUCACGUACGACGAUGAAAUCGCUCAGGCUCCUGAAAAUACUAACUCUGAGCCUGGCGCGGAUGGAUUGGUGAAUUACUAUCAGCUUCUCGAAAUAGAUGAUCCAAAAAAUAUAUUAUGGCGUAAGAAACUCGGUAAAGGUCUAGCGGACUUUUUGAAGUCCAGCGAUAGAAUUGAUGAGAUACCUCCAGAAAGUGCGAUUCUGAAAAACCUCCCACCGGGGUAUCUUCUUUAUGAACACCGCAAACAAAACUCAAGUGGCGGCAUGCGGACCGACACUUAUCUCUACGGCAAGCACAGGUUCCGAUCACCAAAUGAAUUUAUGUUGCACCUCUUUUGGCUUGCGUCGGAUAAAUCUGAGCAUUGCAAAUGUAAAUAUUGCGGGAGCUCAAGCGGUGUCAGUUCGCUAAAUUCAAAACAACAAUCAAAAUCUACUGCUACAAAUAAGGAAAAAUUAGCAAAAAAACAUGCCAAGAAGGAAGCACCAACUAAAGAAAAAAGGGGUAGAAAAAAAGGGGUGAAAAAGGCUGAUCAACCUAUGGACAUAGAUGCCGAAACACAAUUAGAAAGUUUAAUGCCUUUUGAUGACAAUAUUUUAAGCAAUGAGCCGAAAGUGAAAAAACAACCAGGUGAAUCUAACGCAAUAAUUUUUCGAGUCGGAGAAAUUGUGUGGCUGGAUGUUAAAAAGAUCAUGGAUAAUGAUCUGCAGUCCAAAUGUAACGAGAUCAAUACGGCGCCUAUUAAAUAUUGGCCAGCAAUUAUUCUAAAGGUCAAGUCAGAUAUGCCUGAUCAAAUUUCAGAAAGCGACAUUUUCACUUUAAGGGUUCUUAUGUUGCGUAGCCAAAAGGAAGUGGGCAUUGGUUCAAUACAGCCUUGGAUAAUGUGUACUCCCGAAAAUACAAAAUCAACGAAGGCACGAAAAACAAGAUCAAAUUUUAAUGUGGACUUGGAAGAUCCCAAUCCUGAUCAUGUUGUUAAUGCUUAUAAGAAAGCUAUACAGAAAGCACGCGAAAUCACAGAAACAUACACAACAAUUAAACCGUAUAUAUAUCGCCAUUCAGAGGAUGGACCAGCCGAAUUUAAAAAGCUAGAGAAUUAUUCACACUUCAGAGCAAUCCUUUUUGGUCCCGAGAUCUUGGAAGAGGAUGAUAUGGUGCGCUUGAUACCAGCACAUAAUGAAAGUUCUUCAAGUGAUGAUCCUGCAAAGCGCGGUUCUUUUUUACAGAUAACGAGUAUCUACCAGGAUUCAAAGAAAAGAGUUAAAAUCACUGGUGAUGCUUAUGAUAGAGGAGAGUCGGUAGGAGAGAAUAAAUAUAAAUGGCAUCCUGUGAAUGCAGAUAGUGAAGAGUUUACUGUUGAAUUAAGUGACAUAGCUGGUCGAUUUUAUCCAUUGUGGCCGGAUAUGACUGAACAAAUAAAAUGCAUACACGCAAAGAAAUUACAACAAAGACAAGUAAUGUAUGUCGAAGAUUCCUCGGAAAUUAAUUCAGAUUUAUGGUUGAAAAUGAAACCUCAAUCGGAAGUUCAACCUGUAACCGCAAACGACGAGCCAUCAAAUAGACAAAUUGCCAAAAGGAAAAUGUCUUCAGCAUCUGGUACCACACGUAAAAGGCAAUAUGUGAAACAUGCAUCACCGCUCAAAGCUUCUGCUGAAACGGUCAAUAAUAGGAGGGCGGUCGAAAUUGAACAAUCAGAAACAACUAAAAUGGAAAUUACCAUAGAUACCUCGGUUUCUGGAAAUGUUCCUGGUAAAUUGUCUGUAACUCCGCAAGGUGGGUCCUCAAUAAAAUUUUUGGAUAUUGAGAGGGUUAUAUACCCGGGCACCAAUGACAAUGACGCUCUUCCCUCAGUGUUAUCACCUGAUACACCCACUUUUGAUUCUGAAGAAGAAACGAAAGACACUGAUACUUUGCUUCAAGCUACGGUUGACGAUAAAGAAUGA